GAGCGCGCCGCGCUGCUCGGGGCCAGGCCGGUGCGGGGGCACAUGGAGGUCAGUGAUCGGGGCGGCCCAGAAACGCUGCUGCGGGAGAGUAAAGCCUAACGGAUCUCGCGAGCACGAAGCAGGGCCGGGAAGGGGAAACGGGUGAGUUGCGCCUCCGGGAACGCUGUCCGGACCCCAGAACCUGUAGCAGGUGGCUGGAAACGCUGUGCUUGGUGGAUCCGGCCCCACAUCUGGACGCCCGACUUCCGGCUCGGUGCUGUCCAAAUUCCCCAGAGCUCUCCAGGGUUCGGCCUCUCGCUUUGCAAGUUGCGGGGCCUCCGCGGUGCGGGGCACCAUACUUCGGCAUUCUCGUCGUUUGCAUCUUUUUUUGCAGCCCGAAAAAUCAGCUCUUGGGCCGGGCCGUCUGCCAAGUUACGGUCAGUCCAAGAUCAAAUACCGGCCCCGCUUAAGCAAGGAGGAAGGCCCAGGUCAGCUUUGCAGCCCCGCCCAUGUCACCUUUCUAGUGAGCGAGACAGGCAUCUAGAAUCUCUAGGCUUUUAGGUGCAUCGUCCCUGGGGCUUUUGAAUCUCUGGCUGGGAGAUUCUCCUCCCUGCCACCCUGGGUCGGCAUGGCAGCACGUCUGAUGAAGCGGUGUACCUACCUCCUGAAAGAGUUCUCUCGUCUGGCCCCACCUGUGUCUCCUGCUGGCUCACUGAGACUUGUUGGGGUGGCCCAUAAAGCUCUGACAUCCUCGGCCGCAUUGACCAGUUCUAACUUCCCGGGUUCCUUGUCAGAGCCGGUGGAGAAGCAGACAAUAUUUACUCCGUAUCCAGAACGCCAGGAAGUGGACCAGCUCAUCGAGAAGGCCACCCAGCCCGAGGAAAUCCUGGACCUGCUGGGUGCUGGCCACUGCCUGCACCAGAACCAUGCUGCCCUCAUGCUCAUCCAGAUCUCACGCCUGCUGUCUGAGAAGCCAGAAGGGAAAGCCACGCUUUGCCAGGACACCCGCUUUCAGCAACUUCUCCAGCUUGCCAACAGCCAGGUAGCCACCGUGUGGCACGGGACCCUGGUAAAGCUGCUUCGGAGCCUCUACACCCUACCCCUCCCCUCGGGCUCCAAAGAGCUGCAGUCGGUGGAACAGGAGGUGCGCUGGCGCCUACGGCGACUCAAGUACAAGCACUUAGCCUUCCUGGCUGAAUCCAGCGCCAGCCACAUGCAGCAGAGGGACUCCCAGGAGCUGCUCACAGAGUUGCUGGUGCAUCUAGAGCGGCGCUGGGCUGAAAUCGAGGAUGGGCGCACACUGGUGGCCCUCAUGAUGAAGACGGGGCACCUGUCAGAGUCACUGAUGACCCGGCUAGAGGACAAGUGUCUGGAGCUGGUGGAGCAGUUUGGCCCCGAAGAUCUGCGGAAAGUGCUGGUGACACUGGCGGCUCAGAACCGGCGCUCGGUGCCGCUGCUGCGGGCUGUCUCCUACCACCUAGUGCAGAAGCCCUUCGCCCUGCCCAAGAACACCCUCCUGGACCUGGCCUAUGCCUACGGCAAACUCAGCUUCCAUCAGACCCAGGUAUUCCAGCGUUUGGCGGCCGACCUGCUCCCCUGCGUGCCUAACCUCACACCUGGCGAGGUUGCCCGCUGUGCCAAGUCCUUCGCCUUCCUCAAGUGGCUCAACUUCCCCUUGUUUGAGGCCUUUGCACAGUACAUGCUCAGAGCCCCGGACAUCCCUCUGCCUCACCUCUGCAAUGUGCUGCUGGCAUUUGCCCGUCUCAACUUCCACCCAGAACAGAGUGACAAGUUUUUCAGCCUGGUGCAUGAGAAGCUGGGCCCAGCGCUGGCAGGGUUGGAUGCAGUCAUGCAGGUGGAUGUAGUGUGGGCCCUGUGUGUGCUGCAGCAGGUGCGGCCCAUGGAGCUCCAUCAGGUUCUGCAGCCUCAGCUUCACAGCCUAUUCUUAGAUGCCCGCUCGCCGAGGGACCAGAGCACCUUCCAGAAGCUGCUGCACAUCAACGCCACAGCCCAGCUGGAACAGCAAGAGUACACAGGCCCCUUCCUCCCAGCUGCCAACCUGCGCCCCAGGCCCUCAGCCCCCAGCCCCCAGAUGACACCCCUGCAGAAGGAGCUGCAAGAGAGCCUUGAGAAGCUGCUUGGAAGCCCCGAGCACGGCAGCUUCGCAGUGCCCACGCAGUAUGGCUGGGUUCUGGAUGCUGAGGUGCUGUUGGAUGCUGAGGGCCAGUUUCUGCCCCUGAGGAAAUUCGUAGCCCCACACCUCCCCCAGCCCGACGGCCAGCCACUGCCUGCUGGGGCCAAGAGGCUGGCGUUUCUGCGCUGGGAGUUCCCCAACUUUAACAGUCGCAGCAAAGACCUGCUUGGACGUUUCGUGAUGGCCCGGCGCCACAUGAUGGCUGCAGGCUUCCUGGUGGUUGAUGUGCCCUUCUAUGAGUGGCUGGAGCUCAAGUCUCAGUGGCAGAAAGGCGCCUACCUCAAGGACAAGAUCCGCAAAGCCGUGGCAGAGGACCUGGCCAAGUGACCUACCAUCGUGUCACCUUGGGGGCCUGGGCAGCAGGAGGGGACUGAGGAUGAUCUGCACUGCUGGGCCCUCAUGGGUAAUAAACAUGACCUUUGGAUUCCUA